UCACAGUCACACUUCAAAACCGACCCAUUACAGGGCCCUCGUCUGCACAACUUCGCGGUGCGUCAACAGGUUGAGCUAUUUCCUCCCUCCAAUUAUCCACCCAUCGACAGGCGAACCAUGUCAGUCAUCGCGACCGCCGCCGCCGCCGCAACCACCACCACCACAUUGCGCUCACCUUCCCCCUCUUGCAACACCUCCUCCACCCAAGCCAAUCCUCUUCGUGGUGCCGGUCUACAUGCACUGGCUCACCUUCUACCUCUCAUCCUUUCACCCAACCUCUUGCACACGCACCCUUUUCACCCACCCCUUCCCUCUGUCUGA